CCGUGAGACUAGCCCGCGCCGUCGGCUACGACUCUGCCGGCACCGUCGAGUUUCUUGUCGACCCCCAAGGCAACUUCUACUUUUUGGAAAUGAACACUCGACUUCAGGUGAUUUUCUCAGCCACUCUUCUAUUCAAUUUCCGAGAGUUCUUGGUUUUUCCUUGUCUCUAUUACUUUCUCUAGUGGUAACAAUCAACUCAUGCAAAACAACUUCAUUUGAUUUGAAGUGAUCUUCCAAACGCUAUCCGCAGAAGACACUGUUCUUUAGACUGAAUGAUUCAAUUUUGUCAUGACCAGAAACUUUUUCUCCGUUUUCAGGUAGAGCAUCCUAUAACGGAAUGCAUAACGGGAGUUGAUCUUGUGCAACAAAUGUUGCGCAUAGCCUACGGACACAAGUUGCCUUUGACGCAAGAGCAAGUGCCGCUCAACGGCUGGGCCUUCGAGAGUCGGGUCUACGCGGAGGUCUGCCCUCUGUAGUGCUCCGAAUUAUCAUCUUCCAGGACCCCUAUAAGGGAUUCGGCUUACCCUCCGUAGGCAGUCUGUCGCGCUACGUGGAGCCGCGUCAUUUUCCAAGUGUUCGGUGUGAUUCUGGUGUUCAAGAAGGCUCCGAAAUCUCGAUUUACUAUGAUCCGCUCAUCUGCAAGGUUUUUUUGAAAUUAGAGCCCGCUCAACUUUCUAUUUUUCGAGAAUAGAUUCUAAAGUGGAAGAAAACCUAAUUGCUUUCAUUUGAAAAUUUAUCCGUAAACGUUUAGCCUAACCUUUUCCGAAGCAGGAUAAUGGUGCAAAUCGAAACUGUCCAGCUUGUCAUCUAG